AAAUAUAAAUGUUCUACACUCCCUUCCUUCCUCAUCUAUAAUUGACGUACUCGCGCGUCAAAUGUCAAGUCAAGAGCGAGUGUAAUGAACGCGCGCGAACCCUCCGACCGAGCAAUUUUGAUUAAUCAACAGGUCAAUCCGGACGACCCGAGUGCGACCGCGGUUAAACGAAUUAAUUCGUUUGUGCUAUACGAAAGUGCGAGGCCGAGCGCGAAUAAUCAAGUAUGCUAAUUGAAUUAGCCCCGGGGAAAAACACGCUGUUGCAGCGCCGUUAAUUAAAGUGCAUUGUCACAAUUACACAAAAACAGCGAUCUGGACGAAUUAAUUUUGAGUAUUUUGACCGACGAGUCGUCUUCGCGGAUCGAUACACCCUGGAGCGAUCGAUGUCGAAAAUGCAGUGGUUAGCCAUGAUAAUGUGUCUUUGCGCUGGGAUGGCCAGCGCGCGGACGGAGGAGGAGGAUCAGCAACAGGCGGCCAGUGGAGUUUCUAACUCCCUUCCAGAGCCGUGUUUUUAUAGACAGCCUGUGGACUGUCCAAAGUCAUCUGACAGAUGUCCAUGCAAGAGGAUCACCCUCGCGAAUGGACCAGAGGGCAACGCUGCGCUUUGCUGCAAUAUAAACGAACAGACUUUAGAUAAUGGCCUUAAUUGCAUAGGAUUUCAACAUUCAAAUAUAAGUUAUGUACAUAUACGUAAUGCAACGUUGGAUGUAUUCAAUGUAAGCGAGGUUCGUUGGAGGAUGCUCGAGUCCCUGGCUAUAACCGAUGGUAGGAUUAAAAAGGUACAAGGACAAUUUCUUAUGAUGACGCCCACACAGUGCUUGAAUCUCUCGAAUAAUGCGCUGAUGGAGGUAGAGAACAAUUCGCUGAUACGAUUAGCGCAGCUCACCACUUUGGAUCUGUCUUAUAAUAAACUCACUCACCUUCCAGCUUUGAAUACGAUGAACGGACGGGAAUUCUGGCUAGAUAUUUCAGGAACAAACACACUCUCAUGCCAUGAUGUAUAUCAGUAUAUCAAUAAAACGGGUGAAAAGCAAAUCACUUUCAAUCGUGAAAACGAGACAGUGUGCUCUUCCUUGGCGACAUGGCAUUGGUUCAAUACCACUGAACGUGUACCUCUUACACAAGUGCUUUAUCUGAGUUUGCUGCAAACGGAAUGUCCAAAAGGUGAUACCUGGCAAUGUCAAUGUGACAUUAAAAGAUUGGAUAUUAUCGAAGGCAAGCCACCUACUCAUGCUGUAAAUGUAGAUUGCAGUAAUAUGCAAUUGACAGAAUUACCCGAGAAAUUGCCACAAAACACAAUAUCGCUUAAUGUUUCCUACAAUAAUAUCACAGUUCUAGAUGACCUGAGCACUAAUCCGUGUUACGAGGAUCUACGAGAAUUUUAUGCCGACUAUAACAAUAUUUCUUCGAUAAACAAGCUGGAAGGUUCCAAGUUUCUGGAUAAUUACGCUUUGUUAAGCUUACGAUACAAUAAAAUUAAAUCACUGCCAACAUACAUAUUAAGUCCAAGUGCACACAAUAAAAACUUCAUGAGUUCAAGAAAUUUAGUCAGACUAGGAGGCAAUAAAUUGCAUUGUGAUUGUAAUACCGCAAAACAUUUAAAGGCAUGGUUGCAAACACGAAUACUGGACUCCGAUGAAGUAAUGUGUGAAAAUGUAAAGGACAAAGUUGUUGAUCUAGAACCAUCAAAGAUGUGCGUGUAUCCGGGAGACUGGACGGAUUAUAUAUAUUAUAUUAUUGCUACUGAAGUGAUACUUUUAAUAGGCUUGAUAGCCAAAGUGACGUAUGAUUAUUGGGUAUUCAAGACGGCAGGAUAUCUUCCAUGGCCAGCAAAUAAAAUGCCAAAAUUACCGUGCGAUUGGCUGUUUGAAACGUAAAUCGCCUUUUAAAAGCUAGUGAGAUUUGCCAAUCUGUGAAAAUGUACAAUAAAAUAAUAAGAUAGGUUUGUUAGGGAUAAAAAAAACAUCAAUUUCGUGCCUUUGGAAAACAAAUUAUACUAUGUCAAUUAUUCAGUACUCUGUAAUGCAGUGUACUAUAUCCAAAGUAAUCUCUGCUUACAAGUCCAUGACAAAGUAUUUUGAUAAAAAUAUUACUGUUUAAAAAGUAUAUACUUAUAUAUACGAU